AUGUACUCAACCAACCGAGGGACAGUGGGUGGAUUCUUCCUGGCUGGACGAAGCAUGGUUUGGUGGCCGAUUGGUGCUUCUCUGUUUGCCAGUAACAUUGGUAGUGGACAUUUUGUGGGAAUAGCAGGAACAGCAGCAGCUGGAGGAAUCGCCAUUGGAGGAUACGAAUGGAAUGCUCUGAUAUUUGUGGCUGUUCUAGGAUGGCUGUUUGUACCCAUCUACGUCAAAGCUGGGGUGGUGACAAUGCCAGAGUAUCUGAAGAAGCGUUUUGGUGGGAAGCGGAUUCAGAUCUAUCUGUCAGUCCUUUCUCUGAUCCUGUAUAUUUUCACAAAGAUCUCAGCAGAUAUAUUCUCUGGAGCUGUAUUUAUACAGCUGGCCAUAGGGCUGAAUCUUUAUUUGGCCAUAAUUAUCCUGCUUGCUAUUACUGCUCUUUACACCAUCACAGGUGGCCUUGCAGCUGUGAUUUACACAGACACCUUGCAAACAUUUAUCAUGGUAGUGGGAUCCUUUAUCCUCAUGGGAUUUGCAUUUGCUGAAGUAGGAGGGUACGAUGCUUUCAUGCGGAAGUACAUGGAAGCAAUUCCAUCCAACAUCUCCUAUGGGAAUAUUACGAUUGAAGAAAAAUGCUACACUCCUCGGGAGGAUUCCUUUCACAUCUUCCGAGAUGCCGUCACUGGAGAUUUGCCAUGGCCAGGGCUGAUCUUUGGUUUGAGCAUCAUUGCUUUGUGGUACUGGUGCACAGAUCAGGUUAUUGUCCAAAGAUGUCUCUCUGGCAAGAACAUGUCCCAUGUGAAGGCCGGUUGUAUCAUGUGUGGAUACUUGAAACUCUUGCCCAUGUUUAUUAUAGUGAUGCCUGGAAUGAUCAGCAGAAUUUUGUAUACAGAUGUUGUGGCUUGUGUCGUGCCUGAAGUUUGCCAGCGACACUGUGGCACUGCAGUCGGCUGCACAAAUAUUGCUUAUCCAAAAUUGGUAGUGGAGCUUAUGCCAAAUGGUCUGCGGGGUCUGAUGUUGUCAGUCAUGUUGGCCUCCCUUAUGAGCUCCCUGACUUCCAUUUUUAACAGCGCUAGCACUUUGUUCACUAUGGACAUUUACACCAAAAUUCGAUCACGACCAUCUGAGAAAGAGCUCAUGUUAGCUGGAAGGGCAUUUAUGUUAGUUUUAAUUGGCAUCAGCAUUGCCUGGGUUCCUGUGGUGCAGUCAGCUCAAAGUGGACAGCUCUUCGAUUAUAUUCAGUCAGUUACCAGCUUCCUGGGACCUCCCAUUGCUGCUGUCUUCCUGCUUGCCGUCUUCUGCAAGCGGGUCAAUGAGCAGGGUGCCUUCUGGGGCCUGAUGAUUGGGCUGCUGGCUGGACUUGGCAGAAUGAUUUCAGAGUUUGCCUACGGAACUGGCAACUGUGUGUCCCCUUCCAACUGCCCGUUCAUCAUCUGUGGGAUUCACUACCUUUACUUUGCAAUGAUUCUUUUUGGGGUUACUGCCAUCAUCAUCCUGGCAGUCUCCUUCAUGACUAAGCCCAUUCCUGAUGUACAUCUUUACCGCUUGUGCUGGACGUUGAGGAACAGCAAAGAAGAACGUAUUGAUCUUGAUGCAGAUGAGGAGCAGGACAAAGCUGAUGAAAAAGAUGAAGAAUCAGUUAAUGAAGAAAGUGAAGAAAAACCAGGAUGCUUUAAGAAAGCCUACAACUGGUUCUGUGGCUUAGAUCAACAAAAAGGACCCAAACUGAGCAAGGAGGAAGAAGAAGCAUUGAAGAAGAAACUGACUGACACAAGUGAAGUGCCACUUUGGAGAAAUGUUGUGAAUAUCAAUGGCAUCAUCCUAUUGACUGUGGCUGUAUUUUGCCAUGCCUUCUUUGCAUAA